AUGAAUAAGUUUCAGAAAAAAAUUCCGGAAUCACGUCGUGAUAGUAUGGUUAAUCUGGAAUCCACAGAGAAAACAUCAUCCACGAACAGUCUACAGGUGCCGCCGAUUGCCCGAAGACGAUCUGGUUCGAUACCCGCCGUUCGCUUGUCAUUGGUUAGUCUAUCUGCUGGAAAAUUGUAUAUGAAAGGAGGCGUAAAGCGAUUUCAGAAAGUUAAAAGUGUUCGCGAGAUCUUCUACAAUACUGCAUUCGUGGACAGUAUGGCCGACCACUCGCUUAGACGUCACUCAAGCCAAUCGAUCGCAACACUUCGCGAUCAUACGCAUUUCUUCGUGUCGCUGAUCAGUCAAGUGAUUCAAGCUUUUGAUUGCGCGCCUUAUGAAACUUUGGAACACAUCGAUAAAAUCGGUUCAUUUUCAUACUCUUUUUCUAGCGAAUACUUCGUUGAAGAUACAUUUGCACUAUUAGUAUUCACCACGAAUACUCGAUCCUCUCAUGCGUCACUCAAAAAAUACGGAUUCAAAGACUCAAUGUGGGACAAACUUGGGGAACUCGUAAUUGAUGCGUUUGUUGUGCAGGUUUGUUGA